AACAAGUGCUUCACCUGGCCACGCCCCUACAGCAUGUGACGAUCCAAAACCAAGAUGGCGGCGACCAAGUACCAUUUUACCCAGGAAGCUCCAUCCGAUACCCUAUUAUCCGACGUGCAGACGCUUAAUAAGUUCCAGGAUGAGCAAUUUUCCCAGCUCAUCUCUAUCGUCUUCUCAUUUCUUGUGGAACCUGGCAAGUCUGCCAGAAUGUUGCAGCAGCUUGAUGAGUUUGCAGAGCAUCAUGGGAUCAGUGCGGGACCACUCAAGAACGUGGUGAAGAGUCUACUGUCUGUGCUGAAUGGUGCCUUGAGAAGAAAUCUGACACCAGCCCUUCUGAAGGAGGACUUGACUAACCUAGGUGUGACAGAAGAAAGGGCAUCAUACCUAGAAAGUCAGUGGAAGUCCAACCUGGCUGCCCUGUCCAGAAUGGCCAUGGGUCAGACCCUGUUGGUCAACCAGCUGGUGGACAUGGAGUGGAAGUUUGGAGUGACAGCAGCUAGCAGUGAGGUGCAAAAAGUGGGCAACACAUUCCUACAGUUGAAACUAGUGGUGAACAAGGGAGACAGGACAGAAAAUGUCUACAUGGAGUUGACUCUCCCACAAUUUUACAGCUUUCUACAUGAAAUGGAAAAGGCCAAGUCAAGCUUGGAGUACUUCACCUAAAUUUCUCCAGGGGGCAUUUUUGUAACGUCAUUCUCAUAUUUUAAUUGCCGUAUGAAAACCAGAUACCUUGAAUUUCAUUUUAUAAUUGAUGUAAGGAAAUACAACAGUAACAGUCUUGACUACAAAACUUGUAAAUUUGUGUUGUAAGAUGAUAAUUGAGGGUUAAUGACCUGCCCCGAGGUCUAUUUAUAGCGCCUGGUCCUUUGCUAUAACCACUGAAUAAAACCAACAAGUGAGCAAAACACAGGCAUUACGACACCCUAUACAUCAUGGCACCAUAUGGCACCAUAUAACGUUACAUCAUAUGAUAAUGUUGUUCUGCUAAUAUAUAUUUUGUCCAAUUUGAUAUGACUUAAACAUGUAUCAUAUGUCUUUCUUACUAUAUUGCUUUAAAUUGGUCACUAUGUGAUGUGUAGAGUAAGGUAUUGUUAUAAUUGAAUUAUAGUUACCUUGCCAUAUGUAUAUGUAUACUGUAUUGUAUACACCCCCUUAUGAUUAUGGAUCUUGAGAUGUUUUUGAUACUUGUAAUAUCUUAUAAAAAAUAAAAUAGCUGA